GGGUAUAUAUAUGUAUAAAGAGUUGGCUAAACCUCCUCCUGUACGUUUUAAUGGGCCUAAAGAAUUAUAUAUUAAAACUCCUCAUCGCGACUUCCACCAUAACGAGUGCCAGUAACGUUGCAAGAAACUUCCAUUUCCUACAUCAAACUUAAAAAUAAUUCCUUAACUUUUCCAUAAUAUUUCCCAAUAAACGAACUCCUCCAAAACAGAAUCAACCCUUACGGGUUAACAGGUGGAAGUAAAUAACUCUGUAAUGGAUUAUCCGCUUGAUUAACUACAGCCAUCUGGGCUUCUUGAUAAACUGCGGAUUGGAUGUGGCCCAAAAGGGCUCUAGCGCCAGUUGAACAUGGAGAAAGCGAAAGAGCAGUUCGCGGAGAUUUUAUGUAAGUUCAAUAGCUCGAACAUCCCAGUAGAGAAACUUGAAAAGUUGAGAAUUCGAAAAAAGUUGUCACAUCAUGAAAAGAGAAAGUGGUGCCUAAAAGUGUUUUGUGCUGCCCUGUUCACUUAUUUUAUUCUCUCUAAGAUUCAUUUGAUAAACACUUAUGAUUGUAUUUUAGAUAUGCCUUCAGAAAUCCCGAGGCUAUUUCGCUCCCCGGAAUACUGUGACAUUUGCGAGGGUGUCUCAAGCAUCCCUAAGAUCUCAAACGUCACUUCCGAAGAAUUUCUUGAGAAGUACAUCAAACCCAAUCACCCCGUGGUAGUAGCAGAUGGAGCCCGAGAAUGGCCCGCAUUAAAACUGUUUAAUUUCGACUUUUUUAAGCAGCUUUACAGCUCGGUUGAGAUGAACCGCAACAAACACCGGAACUGCCAGUUUUUCCCUUACAAAACCGAGUUUGAGUCCUUGCAGGAGGUUUUUAAUAUGAGCAAGGACAGAGCCAUGCUGAAACCGGGCGAAAAACCUUGGUAUAUUGGGUGGAACAAUUGCAAUGACGAAGCAGGGAGGUAUCUUAAGAAGUUUUAUGAUAAACCGUACUUUUUUUCUGGAAUGGUUGAAAAUAUUGCUCUUAGUUGGAUCUUUAUGGGAGGGCCAGGACAUGGUGCACAUAUGCAUGUGGACAACGUCCGUUAUCCAUCAUGGCAAGCCCAACUGAAAGGGAGGAAACUAUGGAAGUUAGCUCCACCUCCAGAAUGUUACUACAAAUGUCAGCAGUUGGAAGUUGCCAUGGAACCUGGAGAAAUUAUUGUUCUGGACACCAACAGAUGGUAUCAUCAGACCAUAGUUCUACCCGGUGAGAUUAGCAUUACCAUUGGGUCAGAGUUUGACUAAAUAUGCAUUGUAAUUUGGUAUUUAAUAAACCCUUUUUUCUUGGCA